AUGAAGCCGACCAAUGCACUAAACAGCGCCGAGGCCACAGAAGCACAGCGGCAAGCCGUGCGUGGCGCCGGCAUCAGUGCCGUCAAAUGGGGGUUUGCGUCUGCGGUCCUCGGAGGAAUUGCAUAUGCCGCCUCGCCUGUUUAUCGAGGCUUGACCAUUCAGUUCAAGGUCUAUAUACAAAUGUCAGGCAUGAUUCUGGGAGGUAUGCUCGGGGCGGAUAGGGCCGUCCAGGACUAUGAAGCACGGUUAAGGCUGCAGAGGCAGAUAGCGAGAGACCGAGCCAUGUGGGAAACGUUUGAGAGGGAGUAUAAGGAAGAGGGAGGUGCACCGCCUCCGCCGCGGCCGAAGCAUCUGAGGGAGGACAAUUAA